UGAUUUUAGAGACUUAAUUUCAGUCAUGGCCACAGCUGUGCCUCCAGUGUUUCCCUUCCCUGUGUUCCCGGUUGUCUCCUGUCUAUCUCUGCCUGUCUCUGUCUAUGUGUUUGUUUGUGUGUGUGUGUGUGUGUGUGCAUGGGUGUGGUCUCCCCUCCUGGCUCCCAGCUCAGCUCCUCCUGCACACCUGUCUGCUAUCAGCUCGUCACCUCAAGUCUACACACACCUGCAGUCCAUCAUCUCAUCACCUCUGCAGUAGCUCUACCCUGGCUCAACUCCUACUCCUUGCCAGAUCAUUGUUUCUACUAUUGUGCUAUGAGAGCAUCACAGAAAAGUGCACCACUUGGACAGUGGUCAGCCCCAUCGUCUUUACUUACAAGGUAACUGAGACUCAGGACUUGCUGGACCCAAGCAACGACACACUUCUGCUGGGCCACAUCACUGACCCACAGCAGUUGGAGGACAUUAAAAAAUCAAGCAAGCCAAUCAAACGCUUUGUGGUCAUUGACCAAGAAGUCUACAAAAUCUACGGUCCCAAGCUAACUGAAUAUUUAGAGGCAUACAAUGUCCUGUACAAGAUCUUGGCUCUACCCACCACUGAGGAGAACAAAUCCAUGGAAAUGGCCUUGAAGAUCCUAGAAGAGGUCGACAACUUCUCCAUUGAUCGCCGCACAGAGCCCAUCAUUGCCAUUGGUGGAGGGGUAUGCCUGGACAUAGUGGGCUUGGCUGCCUCACUUUACAGAAGACGCACCCCUUACAUCAGGAUCCCAACCACACUGCUCUCCUACAUAGAUGCCAGCGUGGGGGCAAAGACGGGGGUUAACUUUGCAAACUGCAAGAAUAAGCUGGGUGCCUACAUUCCACCCGCCGCUGCCUUCCUUGACCUAUCCUUCAUACAAACUGUUCCUCGACGACACAUCUCCAAUGGGCUGGCAGAGAUGUUAAAGAUGGCCUUGAUGAAACACAGAGGCCUCUUUGAGCUUCUUGAGAAACACGGCUGUAUGCUGUUGGAUACUAAAUUCCAGGCUGACAACAGUGUAUACGGAUGCAGCUGCUUACAGCCUGCAUCACAAGCAACUCAUAUAGCCAUCAUGACCAUGCUGGAGGAGCUUGCCCCAAACCUUUGGGAGGAUGACCUAAACAGACUUGUGGACUUUGGCCACCUUAUCAGUCCAGCAUUAGAGAUGAAAGUUCUCCCAUCUCUGCUGCACGGUGAGGCAGUGAACAUUGAUAUGUCUUACAUGGUUUAUGUGUCCAAAGAGAUUGAUCUAUUGACAGAAGAAGAAAAGCAAAGGAUCAUCAGCUGCAUGGUGGGCCUGGAGCUGCCUGUCUGGCACGAGGCGUGUACCAUGGAGCUCAUACAGAAGUCUCUGCAGGACAGGCUGAAGCAUUCUGGAGGCCUGGUCAGAAUGCCUCUGCCUGUUGGUCUUGGGAAAGCAGAAAUUUUUAAUAACACAUCUUGUGAGAUCCUGCACAGAGCUUAUGAAAAAUGGUGCAAUGAGCUGAGCGUCUCCUCUGACAGCAGCUGUGACCCUUAACCUGCCCAUACCACAGCUGCAUCAGUUCAAUCUGUUUUUUAAAAGAAUGUGUUUACAUUAUUGUUCAAAUUGUUGGGGGAAAAAAGUAUUUGUAGUUGAUAUUAUUCGCCUAAUGUAUUUUUCCAAUAUGGUAACAAAGGCCAAAUGUAGAGUAACUAUUCGCACUUGUAUAGGCUACUUCUACAGGCUUCUGUCCAGCAUGAGCAGGGGCGUAGGACUGGGAGGACAAAGGGGACUAGUAUGCAGGGCCCUCAUGUGAGGAGGGCCCACAAAGCUACUAGAAUGAAUAGCCAUAGAUGCGAGGAGGGGCCCAUAGACAAUGCCUAUGUACAGGGUCCAGAAUAUUGUGCUACGCCCCUGAGCAUGUGUUUUGAAAAUCCUUUCUCUGUAAAUGGUGACAAUACCAGAUGCUGCCUGCCUUGUCAACGGAUUUUAAAUGGGUUGUAAAACAGAUUAGAAAAGAGCCGUUAUUAACAGUUUAACACUUUUUUGUUUUCGAUUAUCAUGUAUGUAGCACCAGCUUGUUACAAGUAAUGUAACAAGCAGCUUGUUAUACUCUUGUUAUGUUUGUCAAAUGUACUUGUAAGUAUGCCUCAUUAAAGAUUUUUACUGCUUAUCAAA